CUCUAUAUUCCAAGUUGCUAAUCUUAUCUUAGUUUCUUGUGCUAACUUAUUAACCCUCUCCUUUUUAUGCUGACCCGGUCUAUUCUCUUGAUCUAGGUGAAUUUUGGUAAGAAUCCAUGAUAAUUAGAUCUGACAAAGUUUAAUGAUGGUUGUCAGCUACCUAACACAAACUUGCUUCUUUAUCCGGGCUUGGGACCUGCUAUGUGCACAAAUAAUUUGUGUUACACAAGUGAAGUAUACGUUUACUUUUUUUUUUUUAGCAAACUUAUUUCACAUAGAAAAAUUUCUAAGUCACACCCUAUAACUAGUAGAAACCACGCACACAAUACAAUGCAUUUGAAAAAUAAAAUAAAAAUUAAAGCAUAAAAUUUUGGGUGUGAAUCUGAGCUAGAAUAAAGUCUAUGCAAUAGUACUUUUUUGAAAAAUUUGUUGUAAUCCAAGACUUGCAAAUAAAACACAAAAGAAACAAAAAUGCAUAUAUUACACCUACAAAUGCUAAACACAAAAUCACCACAGUUAACCAACUGUUGAGAGGUGAAAAUCUCACCGAUGACUAGAACUAAAAAAGUAAAGACAACUGCUUGAAGAAUACCCUUUGAUGCAGGAAAAUUAAUGCUUGGAAAGAGAAUCAAUUGAAGAAUAUUUAAGCGAUGAGGAAUUGUAAGAAUUCUUCAAUCUAAAAAUCAAGAUUCAAAUCCAAAAACCUUCACGCUGAAUCUUCAGGCUCUCCAGUGCCCUUAAACCUCUUCUUUCUUGGCUCCAAUGCAAGGUUCAGAAUCUUCAGAUCUUUCAAGAGACGCAAAAGAAAUAAUAUACGGACUUCAAAAUUUCGUAGAAAAGAUUUUGCAGUGGUUCUUUUGCUGGGUAAUAUCAAUCUUUCUUCAUGAUCAAGCUGCAUCUGUAUCCUCACAUACAAAGCAUCAAUGACCUUCAAUUCAAGGUAUCAGAAAAAGUGUCCGGUGGCAGCGAGAUCAGAUUAUCGGAAGAGAACAAAACUGCUCAAUUUGAAGCAAAAGUCAUGCAACGAAAAUCUCCAAGAAAGAGACUCCAGAGGAAGAGAGCAAUGAUGGCUAUGAAUCAAUCUGUGCAUGGCGAAUCGGUACUCUUGGACAUGGGCAGAGAACAAGCAAUUUGAGAUAGCACUUGUAACAUUCCCAAGGACAUGCUGGGCCAGUGGAGCAAGAUUGCCAGCUCACUCUCCACAAAGUUGUCGGCGGAGGUUCAGGAACAAUACGAGAAAUUAGUUGAUGAUGUGAAUCUGAUCCUGUCUGGCUGGAUCCAGCUCCCGCAUUAUGCUGACGGCUCGCUACCGAGGAAGAGCCCUGCCAGUUCUCUGACUCGGUCCUCGUGGAAUUGGGAGGUGAAGAAACAAUUUCUGGAGGCGCUUGAGGCGUUCCCUGAUGGCACGGAGGGCACGCAGGACCGGUGGAACAAGAUCACCAGUGUAAUCUUGACAAAGUCGCCAGCAUAAAGUAGGUGUGGAAGCGACAAAACAAUAUGUGCGCCUUGUGAAGGACUUGUCCCAGG